CAGCAGCAGAAGAAGAAUGGGCAGGUGGAGGCGAUUUAUGUUUUGAGUUGGUGUUCGGGCGUUAGACCUGCUGAAUAUAGGUUCACGGGAGGUUACUAUCUUGCCUUUCAACGGUAAAACUGGGAGCUAGCAGUUAGCGUCAGCUGCUUAAAAACAGUUUGGUAGCUGCACUGACAGAACUUUAAGAUGGCUGAACGCAUAGGGUGCAUCUUCUUCAGCGAGUUUCACCCCACACUGGGUCCAAAGAUAACUUACCAGGUCCCAGAGGAGUACAUAUCACGGGAGCUCUUUGACACAGUUCAGGUUUAUAUUAUCACCAAGCCAGAACUGCAAAACAAAUUAAUAACAGUCACUGCCAUGGGAAAAAAGUUAAUUGGGUGUCCUGUGUGCAUUGAACACAAAAAGUACAGCCGCAACGCCCUCCUGUUUAACCUUGGCCUCGUUUGUGAUGCCCAGACCAACACGUGCGCUCUCGAGCCGAUUGUCAAGAAGCUGUCUGGGUACCUUACAACUCUGGAGCUGGAGAGUGGCUUUAUAUCUAACGAGGAGAGCAAGCAGAAACUUUUACCCAUCAUGUCAACCUUGUUGGAAGACCUUAAUGCCACAGGAGCCUGCACUUUACCCAUUGACCAGUCUAACACAAUACACCUGAAGCUGAUCCAGCUCCGAAAGGACCCGCCAAUUGUUCAGGAGUACGAUGUGGCUGUCUUCACUGGCAAAGACCAUUUUGUCAAAUCUCAGUGGGAUCUCACCACUCAACAGAUCCUGCCCUAUAUUGAUGGAUUUAGACACAUCCAAAAAAUCUCUGCUGAAGCCGACGUAGAGCUGAAUCUUGUUCGCAUUGCUGUGCAGAAUCUGCUAUACUAUGGUGUUGUGACCUUGGUGUCAAUUUAUCAGUAUUCAAAUGUGUAUUGCACCACCCCCAAAGUCCAGAGCCUCAUCGACGACAAGUCCAUUCAGGAGGAGUGCCUUAACUACGUCACCAAGCAAGGUCAGAAGCGAGCCAGUCUGAGAGAUGUGUUCCAGCUGUACUGUGGUCUGACUCCAGGAACCACCGUCCGAGACCUUUGUUCUCGCUACUCGCAGCAGCUUCAAAGGGUUGAUGAGAGGAGGCUGAUCCAGUUUGGACUGAUGAAGUCUCUUAUCCGACGGCUGCAGAAAUAUCCGGUGAAGGUGAUCCGCGAUGAGAGGAGCAGGCCGCCUCGACUCUAUACGGGUUGUCAUAGUUAUGAUGAAAUCUGCUGCAAAACAGGGAUCAGUUACCAGGAGCUGGACGAACGUUUGGAAAAUGAUCCCAACAUCGUGGUGUGCUGGAAGUGAUGUGACAUGAACUGAAAACAGAGCAACAGCCGUCAGACCGAAAGAUUCAGACGUGCCUCAACCAAAGAUGCCUUUAGUGAGAGGAAUAACAGUGAAACGUGAAGUUGUAUUUUGUAAUCUUCAUAAUAGUUUUUUAUUUCUCUUCAUUAAUAAUUGACCUAGAGUUCUGUUAAGGUCAAGUGAGGAAGGUGAUAUUUAUUAAUAUUGUACAAAAAUAAUCUGAUUAACAAGAGGUUUUACCACAGCGUGAUACUUUGUUUUUUUGCAUCCCUGUACUCAGUGCUUUAUUCACUGUUUUAAAACAUAGAAUUUUAUAUAUAAUCAUUCAUUUAGCCAUAAAAACAAGCAGUUACAGAAUGUCUCAUCUAACUUUGAAACUACAAUAACAGACAUUGUCAACAUUUUUAAAAUUGUUGCUUUACUACUGUACUGUAUAAAUUUAUGGUAUGUAGCUUG